GCCACAGCCGUCCGAGUCCCCCAAUCCCAUCACUGAUGCCACCACCAGUAGCAACCAUGGCCGUCCUCAGAGCAUCCCCGCUCCCACCCCAGCCUCUUCCCUCUUCCUCCUCCUCCUCCACCCCCCAGUCUCAGCGGUCCCCCAGAGGCAGCAUCACCUCCGCAGCGCUCUCAAGAACAGGCCCGCACCCUCCUCUUCUCAAGACCGGCUGCCGCGGCGGCGCCAAGAAGAUCCUUCUUGCAGGAGGAGGGCGACUCCCCUGCUUGCCCACAAAGCAAGAGGUCGGCGCGGUAGGCGGUGCGGAGGAGGAACGAUACCUCGCGAGGGAGGCCGGGUGGGGAGUGCGGCGGAUGGGGCGGAUCGGCGAGGAGAUGAGGCGGGUGGCGCUCGUGCAGGCCGAGGCCUUCCACGUCCCCGUUGCGCUCUUCAACGACUUCUUCUUCGAUUUCUUCAAAGCAGAGGUGUUGGCGGCGCUCAUUUACAAACUGAGGAAUUCGCCGCCUGACAGGUACGCGUGCUUGGUAGCAGAAGAAGCCGAUGAGCUGUUGCAGUUGCAGUCGCAGGCACCAUUUGAGAAGAUCAUUGGGGUGGUGGAUUGCACGGUGCAGGACGAAGGCGACAUCCUUCGGAACCUCCAAGGCGUCCAGGAGUACUUUUACGUAUCAGGAAUAGCAGUGCUGCCAUCAUUCAGGAGGAGGAAGGUGGGCACCGCCCUGCUGAAAGCGUGCGAGGUGUUGGCUCUAGAAUGGAGGCAGAGAUUCAUGGCUCUUAGGGCAUACGAGGAUGACAGCAGCGCUCGAGGACUCUACGCAAAGGCAGGGUACAGGGUGGUGUCAAGGGAUCCUGGGUGGGUCACCUGGGUUGGGAGGAGGAGGCGUGUUCUCAUGAUAAAAGACUUGCCGGUUCAUGAUGCUCAGAUCCAACAGCAAUGACAUGCUUGUCCUAGUAGGUCCCCGUAUAUAUAUGUCCCCUGCUAAUUCCUUGCGUCUGGUGUAACUAUGGCAUUUUUUUGGGGGGUUUAAUCAUUGUGUAGCAUGAAUUGGUGCUGGACUAUUAGUUUUGAAUUAUUCUCUGCAUAA